AUGCUCGCAGCUAUGCUCGGGGUCGUUUCAUCACUGUCUAAACUGCGGCUAAUCAGUACCUUGUUUGCUCUGUCGCUACCUGUCUUCCUAGUCUCGCGGCAUCUCUUGCGCAUUCAACGCCGUGUAAAGCAGGUUCCGAGGACGUAUGAGCGCGUACUAAUCCUCGGAGGCUCAAGUGGGAUCGGGCGGGCUCUCGCACACGAGUAUGCCGCAAGAGGGGCACGAGUGUGUAUCACAGCACGAAGAGAAGAGGAACUCAGGAAAGUCGUAGAGGAAUGCAACGCAUUGCCCAUAGUUCCGAACAGUAAAGAUGAAGCGAGGAUUUUCAGUGUCGUCACUGACUUUACAAACGUUGAGGAUAUGGUGCAUCUACGGACAGCUGUGGAAGACGAGUGGCAGGGCGUCGAUACAUUGAUUAUAUGCGCUGGUGUCUCCGCAUUGCGACCCCUGAUGGAGGUCGCCGGGCUCGAAAGGGACGGACGCAUUUUCACUCCUUCCCAGGCCACUUUAGAGGGUAUUCAGAAGACAGUGGACAUAGCCGACAAAGCAGCGAAGGUCAACUAUAUGGGUCCACUGAUAUCUGCUGUGACCUUCAUACCUCUCUUGCAAAGGAGCUCGCUCGCGCCCUCCGUUCUACUAAUAUCGACGAUGGCAGCUCUUGUCCCAGCACCUACACGCUCGCUUUACGCGUCGACGAAGGCAGCAUCCCUCCUGCUGUUCCAGGCAUUGGCCAUCGAGCACCCUCUCAUUAGAUUCUCGUUCGCGAUACCUGCAACAGUGAAAGGUAACUUUCGCGCUUCUGCUGUUGACGGUGGGAUCCCACGCGAGUACGAUCCUAACGAGAUCGGAAUCACGCCAAAGGACGUCGCACGAAGGUGUGCGCGUGCCAUCGACGCGGGUGAGAAGUAUGUCUUCAUGCCGUACUUAUACAGCAAAUUUGGACACUGGGCGUACUGGCUGGCACCUACAUUUGUAGAAUGGAGGGCUGGGUUGAAGUAUCAUUUCGCGGCAUAA